AUGAACCAGAGUUUGUUGGCGAAAUGGUGUCGGAGAUUCGGCCAAGAAAAAACAAGACUGUGGUACAAAAUUGUGGUAGAUAAACAUGGGGAUAACUUCUCCUAUUGGAUCCCAAGUAAGGUGAAGCAUUCUCAUGGUGUAUCAUGCUGGAAAACAAUAGCUAAUACAGCUCAGUUGGUCGACACUCAUUCCUACUUGACUAUUCAUUCAGGAAGAGCAACUUCGUUUUGGCAUGACAUAUGGAAAGGAGAUGCCUCUCUUGCCUCCUUAUUCCAUUCUCUGUACAAGUUAACCAAUAAUAAGAACGUGAAGGUUGCAGAUACGGUCACAGUAGAUGGAAACUGGAGUUUUAAUUUCAAACGUAAUCUUACAAAUUCUGAAACAGAUAGGUUUGUUGAUCUGCUAUCUGUUAUUGGAAACACUCCACCAGUUCUAGACAACCUUCCUGAUACUAGGCGUUGGUCUUUGCAUAAUGAUGGAAUAUUCACAGUUAAAACCCUAUAUGCCAAGCUUAUUGAAAAUUCAGGUAUUGAUAAUUUCCCUCAUCAAUUCAUUUGGAAGAAAUAUAUUCCGCCCAAGAUCAAUUUCCUCCGUUGGUGUCUGUUGCAUGACAAGUUGAACACCAUAGACAUGUUGCAGUUUAAAGGGGUUGAUAUUUACAAUUCUUGUGCUCUCCGUGGAGAUGAUAUGGAAUCGCAAGAGCAUAUUUUCCUGCACUUUAAAGUUGCGCACAUUGUCUGGUCCAUGGUGAUGCCAACUGACUGCUGGUCUUGGGUGAUUCCAAGAAAUUUCAAUUCCCUGGCACAAGAAUGGUACUACGGUCACUUCAGUGCUAUAGGAAACUUCAUCUGGGAACUGAUCCCUGCGGCAGUGGUGCAAACUUUAUGGGCUGAGCGCAAUAAUCGAAUUUUUCAGCAGAAACAUACGUUUAAAACAGAUGAUGACUUGGGUUUGGAAGUGCGUUCUUUGGUUUUAUCUUGGGCAGCAGCAGCAGGCAGACGUGUCCAUUUAAACUUUGCGAACACAAUCCACAACAAUUGGCUUUCCAUCUUUGUGUAA